GCGCAAAACACAACAACAGUUCACGUAGAACGUUUGACAAGUGUAGAACACACCGUGAGGCGAUUUCGCUAAGUCAACAAACAAUCAAAACGUAAUCUAUUUCCACAAAAAAGGGAGACCCGACCCACAGCAAUAAUGUCGAGUUUGAUCAGAAAAUUGAUUAGCACCAGCAAUGCUGCCAAACCAGUAGCGCCAUACAACCAAGCUGUUGUUGCCGAUCGUACCGUUUACGUUUCUGGCUGUUUGGGUUUGGACAAGGACACCAUGAAAUUGGUGCCGGGUGGUGCUGUCGCCCAAGCUGAAAUGGCCUUGAAAAAUCUAGAAGCUGUUCUCGUUGCUGCUGAUUCUGGCAUCGAUAAAGUUGUAAAGAAUACCAUCUUCUUAAAGGAUUUGAACGAUUUCGGUGCCAUCAAUGAAGUCUACAAAAAGGUUUUCAAUAAAGACUUCCCCGCUCGCAGCUGUUUCCAAGUUGCCCGUCUUCCCAUGGAUGCCUUGGUUGAAAUCGAAUGCAUUGCUAUGACUGGCGAUGUUAAGACUGUCACCAAAUCAGAUUGACUAUAUGAAUCCAAAAAUGAAAACAAGAACUCGAAAUUGUAA